AUUCGAAGCACGGUAAAAUCAAUAGUUUCGUUUACUCAGUAAAUUGUCGCCGUCGGUGAGAGUAACAGCAGCCAUGGUCGGCGGAUUCAGGCUACAGCAGCAGCAUGGCAAGGGGAGGGUUAGGGUUUCUAGGGUGUGGAGAAAGGCCGCCGGCGAUGGUCGAGCUGAUGUCAUCGUCGAAUGGAACGUGAGCAUCUCCCUUCUCUCCGAUUGCCUUGAAGCCUACACCGAUGGCAACAACUCCUCCAUCGUCGCUACUGAUACUAUGAAGAACACCGUUUACGCUAAGGCAAAGGAGUGUACGGAAGUUGAAUCUCCGGAGGGUUUCGCGAUUCGACUGGCGAAGCACUUCACGAGCUUCUAUCCUCAGGUGACGACUGCUAUAAUUUCCAUAGUGGAGAAACCAUGGGAGCGUGCUGUCGUGGAUGGCCAGUCUCAUGUACACGGAUUUAAGCUUGGAUCUGAGAAACAUACAACUGAAGUAAAUUUGAAGAAGCAUGGUCCUCUUAGAUUAGUCUCUGGAAUUCAAGGUUUAUCUUUGUUAAAAACUACACAGUCAGGCUUCGAAGGAUUUAUUAGGGACCGCUACACGUUGCUCCCAGAAACAAAAGAAAGGAUGUUAGCAACAGAGGUUACCGCUUUGUGGAGGUUUCAGUUUGAAUCCAUUUCCAGUGUUCCAACAAAAUCAAUAUUCUUUAUUGAAAGAUACCAAGAUGUCAAAAAACUCCUUGUAGAUACUUUCUUCGGUCCUCCAAAUUCAGGCAUAUAUAGCCCAUCAGUCCAAAAUACUCUGUAUCUCAUGGCAGCAGCUGUUCUUAACAGGUUUCCAGAUAUUGCAUCUAUUCAGAUGAGAAUGCCAAACCUCCAUUUUUUGCCAGUCAACUUGUCCAGUAAAGAUAAUCCGAACUUGGUCAAAUUUGCCGAUGAUGUAUAUUUGCCAACGGAUGAGCCUCAUGGGACCAUUGAAGCAACAUUGAGCCGGCCUCUCUCUAAGCUUUAACAAUGGUUUGAUUUGUUCUCUUUAAAUUAUUUGCAAAUAAUAACGCCAGAAGAUUUCUGCAAUUAAACAGAUUAAUUCUGUUAUUUUAAUUUUGUUGUUUUUAGUAUUUCUGUAAGACUGAGAUUUAUGAGCGUAAAACACCUAAAUCACUUGAGGAAUGAGAUUGCUGAUU